GCUGUUGGAGCUACUUCCUGCAAACUAGCUGCCUAGCUAAACACCUUCUGUGUUCCUUAAGAAAAGUUUUCUUUAGGACGAAAAAGAAAACACAUUUUUAUCUCAGCCUGAAGGUUUCCGGCGGAGAUGCCUUGACAUUAGCGGACGAGCUCGUCUUUUUUUUUUUACAGUUUCACGUCACUUUAAUAGGAAACAACCACUGCAGGAAAUUAGCUCGCUAGCCUUCAUACUCAGGAAUAUGAGGCUUAACCUUUCGUUUUUAUGCUUAUUUUAAAUCCUCCAGGGGAAAUGGACACCGAGCCGAUAAUAAUCCGUAUAAAGACCCCUUUAGGGGAUAUGGAUUCGUCUGUGGACUAUCCAUCUGUGCUUAACUUCAAUGACCUGCUGGUCGCAAUCAGAGACGUGAUGCCUGAAGCCACUGUCACUGCCUUUGAAUACGAAGAUGAGGUGGGAGACAGAAUUACUGUAAGAAGUGAUGAGGAGCUCAAAGCUAUGCUGUCAUAUUACUGCAACACAAUGAAUGAACAGCGCAUGAAUGGACUGAUGCCAGACCCUCUACAGAUUUUUCCAAGAGCGGGCAAGACUCCAGGGAUCCGGAACAUACAUGGCCUGAAGGUCAACACGAGACCUAACCCAGCCAAUGAUUGCACUCAGGUGGUCCCAGAAUCCUUAGCCAACAACAGUUUAAAGAAAUCAUCUGCGGAGCUAAAGACGAUCUUGACGAAUGGGCAUAUAAACGCCCAGGAUAUCCACUAUCAGGAGCAGCUUGGCCAUGGGAACGGAGGCACAGUUUAUAAAGCGUACCAUGUUCUCAGCAAACGUGUUUUAGCUGUAAAGGUGAUUCCUCUGGACAUCACAGUGGAGCUACAGAAGCAAAUCAUGUCUGAACUGGAAAUUCUCUACAAGUGCGAUUCGCCCUACAUCAUCACUUUCUUCAGUGCCUUCUUUGUUGAGAACAGGAUUUCCAUAUGCACUGAAUUUAUGGAUGGUGGAUCCUUGGACGUCUAUAAAAGAAUCCCAGAGCACGUCCUGGGAGGGAUCGCCGUUGCAGUCGUGAAAGGCCUGACAUAUUUGUGGAGCCUGAAGAUACUUCACAGAGAUGUCAAGCCUUCCAAUAUGCUGGUGAACACCCGAGGACAAGUCAAGCUAUGUGACUUUGGUGUCAGCACGCAGCUUGUAAAUUCUAUAGCAAAAACAUAUGUGGGAACCAAUGCUUACAUGGCACCCGAAAGGAUAUCAGGAGAGCAGUACGGGAUCCAUGCCGAUGUCUGGAGUGUGGGCAUCUCUUUUAUGGAGCUGGCUCUCGGCAUGUUUCCAUAUCCUCAAAUUCAGAAAAACCAAGGAUCUCUAAUGCCUCUCCAGUUACUGCAAUGCAUCGUUGAUGAGGACCCUCCGGUACUUCCUGUUGGACAGUUCAGUGAAAAGUUUGUUAACUUCAUCACUCAGUGUAUGCGGAAGAACCCCAAGGAGAGACCUGCACCCAAUAACCUCCUGGAGCAUUCUUUUAUCGUCCACUACAACGAUGGAAAUGCUGAGGUCGUGUCGAUGUGGGUUUGUCGUUGUCUGGAGGAGAGACGAUCUCAGCAGCCUCAGUGACGGAUCUAAAGUCCUUCUGUCGCCUGGACCUUUGGCUUCUUUUCAGAGCUUUCAGGCUCACAUUAGUCCACAUGCACUGAUUUAAUGACUGGGGUGAUAAUUGUUACAUUAUUAGAGAAUCUUUAUUUAAAAUGAUGACUGAUGAGAAACGGAGGAGCUUAUAUCCUUGAACGAGGUCCAGACUUUCUACAGUCCAAGUGUUGAUGCACAGCAGAUCCUCCCUCAUGUUUUUCUUCUUUCUCUGGAGAAUCCAGAAAUCUUGAGAACUGACUUAAAGAGUGCAGAGAUAGUAAACAACUUCACAAAGGACUGCAAACGGCCGACAGAGCCGGGCUUUGCUGAGCACAGCCUUCAAGUGAAUGUCAAGGUUUCCUCCUGUGAGUAGCUGCCCCUCUUCUGUGCCUGUUUUACCCGUGCCCUUUUUUAUUACCUCCGCAACUUUAAGUUGUCAUUCAAUAGAGCAAACUUUGCCAUGAAAAAAUAAAACGCUCCUGUUUGUGCUACAGGAUCAGGAAAAAAAAUGUUACCAGUUAAAACCCAUACGUUUGUAGGAAGAAGUGCCAGUUGAUGCUUUUUGCCUCUCAGUGUUUUGUGAGGCGAUGUUUCAUCGUUAGCUGCUAUGAAGCAUACAGUGAUCAGUGCCGACCUUUCUUAUUGGUGUGUUUGUGCAACACAUUUGUCUCUUUUUUGCUGUCAAUAACCACCGACCAGGUGGAGGGCCUCUACUGGACCCGAUUCCAGUUCUGUUUGUAUCUGCACGGCUUUCUGAGGAGAUGAAAGGUCGUUUUUAUCUUAUCUGCACAUUUCUCACUCUUCACUAUUUGCCCUUAUGGCAUUGGGUUUGUUCUUCUCCCUCCUUCAUGGUGGAUUUAUUUCUUUGAAUAUUGUGAAUAGGCAGAUAUGAAAUGUUUAAAGAGUUAAGAGCAAAACCAGAAAACGAGGAUGAGCUCCACACAUUGGAUCACAAACAUGGGAUCAGUGAGAUAAAGAGAAAUACUUCCUUUAAACAAUCCGGGUUGGAUUGUAUUUAGAUUUAAGCUAGUAGGACCAAGGGACUGAAGGCACUGAAUUAACUGUUUAGGAGGAACCAGUUUCACAUUUUCUCUCACAUUUAGCUGCUUCUAAUUGUUUAAGUCACCAGAAGAGAACUUUAGGCACUUUAUAACUUGAACAAAAUAAUAGAUACCUUUGAUUUAUUUUCCUUCAAAUUUAAACUUAAGGACCCUCAUUGCACAAACAGUUCCAGAAUAUAUAAAUAUUGUAAAGAUUGCAUACAGUUUGACAUAUUUAUAGCAUUGAUUCGUGUUCAUUUGGAUGAUUAUGACUUACAGUUUGUAAAAACCAACUUUCUUUGGAAAUGUGAGUAUGAAAAAACAAGAAAAGCCCUCGCAGAGAGGCAGACCUCUGCCAAGUAGCUCCGUUUGACUCACACCUUACAUUAAUACCUGUUUUCAUGAUAUCUUUCAAAUAAUUCCUGGAUUGAUCCGGAUCAUCACCAAAAUAUUAUUUGUAACCAGUCACAAAACUUUUUCUCUAAAAAUUUCAGCAAAAUCCGUCCAUAAAUUAUAUUAUUUUUAAAAUAGACCAACCAAUGCUGAUGAAAACAACCUCCUUGGGGAGGGAUUUUUAGAUGCAGUAUUCUUGACCCAUCAGACAGUCUGUUCUGUAAUGUAUAUAAAUUAUAUACACUUAGAAAUUAUUCUGCAUAAAUGAAUGCAGCAUUAUUUGACGGUUAUCAACCUGAGGGUUUUCUUGGGUGUUAUAAAAGUCUGGGUUGUUUUAAUUGCGGCCUUCAUCUAGCAGAACCAGCCUGUUUGCCAUGACUGAAACAAAGAAGUGGCAGCAGAAUGUCAUCUAUUAGCCUUAUCUAGGAGAGGAACACAGCUAUACAGAUGGACUCUGAGCCGUUCGUACAGUAAAACAGAAUACACAUAAUUAUCAACAGCUGUGGUCUGUGUCAUGGAUAUUGAUCGGACGCAUAUUUUUUUCCACCCUGAAGUUUUUCUUCCACUCAACUUUCCAUUCGUUUGUUUGGAUGUAACAUUCUGGGAACAGUCGUCUUCUUUUUUGGUCUUUAGCUCAGAGUGUUAGCGACUUUCAAGUUAGCACUCUUUCUGAUGAUUUUAUGGGUAUAAUUGGACUAAAUAUUAUAUAUAUGGUUUGAAACCAGUUAAAAAUUUUCUUUAUGACAUAAGUUAAGAAAGGGAAUUAAGAGCUUUAUAUUAGCUGGAAGUCAUAAUAUGCACGAUCAACAUGAAUAAAGAUUUAAAAUGUA